UUAUUAAGCGGCUCUUACCAUUUUAAAUGUUAGUUGAGAGACAGAUUUGUCUCUCUCCUCACUCACUGGUUCUCAUUUAUAGGCUGUGACAUAACAGGCUGACUCUGAGAAAUAUUGCAGAGACAUGAGCAGAAGCAAUCUUGCAAGGGGUUAAUGCUGUAAUCUUUUUCUAGCCUGUUUAUAAUCCCAACAGUAGUGCAGUAGCUGAAGAGGGUGGAUCUAAAAAGUACCGGAGGGUGUGUGUGUGUGUGUCUGUGUGUGUGUGUGUGUGUGUACAUAUGUGUGAGUGUCUUUGUGCACACGCUUUGCAUUUCUGAACUGCUGUGUGUGCCCCUGGAAUAAAUCUUGUUCAGCCAGAACAGGACUCUGUGUGCUGGGUGCUCCUGCUGGAGAGUCAGAACAGCUUCCUUGCACAGCUGCCUCUCUGGUAUUUCUUCUGAAGACUUCAUUCAGAAUCGUAUUUGUUUACUGAAAGCAUGGGCAGAUAGUUACAAACCCACCUUCUUCUUCAUCAAAGCUAACCUGUGGAUACUGAAGAAUGGAGAUAGUUGAUGCUAGUAGCUUCCUUGGGAAUGGUACCAACAUUACUGAUUUCCUCUGCGAUAUCAUUUUGGAAAAUGACACUUUUUUCUGUGUGGAUGAUGCACCUUAUCCUUCUAAAGAUUUGCAUCAGAUAAUACGGAUUCUGCUCUAUUGCUUGAUAUUUCUGCUCAGCAUUUUGGGGAAUGUUCUGGUGAUUACGGUGCUGAUAAGAAACAAGCGGAUGAGAACAGUCACCAACACUUUUCUGCUGUCACUAGCAAUCAGCGACCUGAUGCUCUGCCUCUUCUGCAUGCCUUUCACCCUCAUUCCCAACCUGCUAAAAGAUUUUAUUUUUGGAAGUGCUGUUUGCAAAACUGCCACUUAUUUCAUGGGUGUCUCUGUAAGUGUCUCCACAUUCAACCUGGUUGCCAUAUCCUUGGAGAGAUACAGUGCCAUUUGCAAACCGCUGCAGUCCAGGGUCUGGCAGACAAAAUCUCACGCCUUGAGAGUGAUUGCUGGGACCUGGUGUGUCUCCUUUACUAUCAUGUCACCUUACCCAAUCUACAGCAAACUGGUACCUUUCACCAAGUACAACAACACCACGGCAAACAUGUGUCGGCUCCUUUGGCCAAGCGAUGUCAUUCAGCAGUCCUGGUACACUUUCCUGCUACUCACACUCUUUCUUAUUCCUGGGAUUAUAAUGAUGGUUGCGUAUGGUCUAAUUUCUUUGGAACUCUACAGAGGAAUAAAAUUUGAUGCCAGCCAGAGAAAAUCUUCACGAGAGAUAUUUUGCCAACUAUUUAAACAGCACUUUAUAUGUACAGAAAGAAGACUAAGUACCUGCAGCUCCAAAUACGAGGAUGGAGAUGGAUGUUACCUUAACAAAACCAAAAGAAUAAGGAAAAUGCCGUUGCAACAGCUCUCUGCUAUGAGCCACAACAAAAUAGAGAGGGUGAGAAGCAACAGCUCUUCUGCCAACUUAAUGGCCAAGAAACUUGUCAUCCGCAUGCUGAUGGUGAUAGUGGUUUUGUUUUUCAUUUGCUGGACUCCCAUCUUCAGUGUCAACGCCUGGCGAGCCUUCGACACGGCUUCCGCAGACCGGCGUCUCUCGGGGGCUCCCAUCUCCUUCAUCCACUUGCUGUCCUACACCUCUGCCUGCGUGAACCCCAUCAUUUACUGCUUCAUGAACAGGCGCUUCCGCAUGGCCUUCCUGGCCACGUUCACCUGCUGUGCCAAGCAGGAGCCCCCCGCAGUGCGCGGAGAUGCCGCAGAUGAGGAGGAGGGGAAAACCACAAGGGCUUCCCUCUCCAAAUGUUCUUACACACACAUGUCUGCACCUGCACCCCCCUGAGCCGCCCCAGGGGAGGCACUGAGUGGUGAGUUGUCUGGUCUUGGAGAGUGACUGUGGCAUCAGCUGAAUGCAAUUUAGUUCUGAGUCAAUGAAACACUUCAGUUGACAGUAAACACAGCGAGAAUGUUAUGGGAAAUUGAUGCUAUCACUCUCUGAGUGUUACAUCACUUUCCCUUCAAAAGUACAAAGGAGGGAGAGAGCUCUGAAGAUAAAGGACUUUAUGAAAAGCCUUAGA